GAAACGCAAAAAUGGCGCCAGACCGAGCGGCCCCUACCGUGGCCUGAGUGGGAAGCGGAGGCCGGAGCUGGAGCCCCGGCAGCCACUUCGUCCAUGGAGGACGUCGAGAGCCGCUUCGCCCACCUCCUGCAGCCCAUCCGCGAUCUCACCAAGAACUGGGAGGUGGAUGUGGCGGCGCAGCUGGGCGAGUACCUGGAGGAGCUGGACCAGAUCUGCAUUUCUUUUGAUGAAGGCAAAACCACCAUGAACUUCAUCGAGGCUGCACUGCUGAUCCAGGGGUCUGCCUGUGUCUACAGUAAAAAGGUGGAGUACCUCUACUCGCUGGUUUACCAGGCUCUGGAUUUCAUCUCAGGCAAAAAGCGGAACAAGCAGCUGGCGUCGGCGCAGCCCGAUGGGCAGGAUGGUGACAGCACCUGCAGCACUCGCCCCGAGCCCGAGGAAGAGUUUCUGUCCCUCGAUGACUUUCCUGAUCCCCGCACAAACAUAGACCUGAAGGAUGACCAGCCUCCCACCGCCGUGCCUGUCAUUCCCUUGGUGCCCAUGGCCCUGGUGCCCCCUGAUGAAGAAGAGAAGAAGAGCAACCCACUCUAUAGCCGCCGAGGGGAGGUCCUGGCAAGCCGCAAGGAUUUCAGGAUGAACACCUCCACCCCUCACCCCAGCGGUGCCUUCCUGCUGGAGCCAGGGGGCCUGUCCCCAAUGGAGCAGACCGUGCCGAGGACCCAGCCCGGUGAGGACGCAGAGAGGCCCGAGGAGAUGCCCAUGGACGUCUCCAUCGACAUGUCCCCAGCUCCGGUGCUCAACUUCUCCCAGGAGGAAGAUGAGAAGCCAGAGGCAGCACUACCGGAAGGUGAGGAAGAGGUGGGAGGAGAUGCGCUCCUUCACCCGGAGGUCCCCGAGGCCUCUCCACAGCCCCCCAACCAGCAGCAGGGUGUCCUGGAACCAAGGAAGUACUCGCUGCGGGGCAGACCCCCAGCUGCUACCCCUCGCCCCUCAUGGCACCCAAAGGAGCCCCCCGAUCCCUGGCAGAGUCUGGACCCCUUUGAUUCUGUGGAGGGCAAGCCCUUCAAGAAAGGUAGCCCUUACUCUUUGCCGCAGCAGCUGGAGGAGACCACAUCUGGCAAACGCAAAAGGAAGAUCUCCACCAGACUCCAGGGGUUUCAUGAGUGGUACUUGGCUGCUUAUAGCGGCCGUAGCUCCCAGAAACCUCGGCACAGAGGCCCCACAUUUGCAGACCUAGAAGCCCUCUACUGGAAGCACAUCAAGGAGCAGGUGGAUGCCCUUCGGAAACUGCGGCAGGGAGAGGGAGCAGAGCAGCUGCUGGCCAAGGACCAGGAAGGGCUGUGGGCCCUAGAAGAGGAGCGAGUGGAGGACUCCCUGGAGCAGCUUGGAGGAGGAGACAGCUACUUGGAACUCGAGGAUGCAGAGCCCGAGGAGCCGCUGGAGAACAUUCCAGAGCCAGAGAUCAUCCCUCCGCUCACCUACGAGGAGCUGGUCCAGAGAAACGUGGAAUUAUUUAUUGCCAACUCUCAGAAGUACGUUCAUGAGACCGAGCUGUCUCAGCGCAUCCGGGACUGGGAGGACACCAUCGGGCCCCUGCUUCGGGAACAGGAGGAGCACGUGCCUUUCGACAUCCAUAAUUACGGGGACCAAGUGGUAGCGGGCUUUCAGCAGCUCAAUGAGUGGUGUCCCUUUGCAAAGCUGGUGGCUGGCAAGCCUGCCUUUGAGGUGUGCCGGUCUAUGCUGGCUUCCCUGCAGCUGGCCAACGACUACACAGUGGAGAUUGCCCAGAAGCCUGGGCUGGCUGAGGCAGUGGAUACCAUGUCCCUGAGGCUUCUCACCCGCCAGCGAGCCCACGAGCGCUUCCAGACCUACACAGCCCCCUCCAUGGCCCCCCCCUGAUUGUGUAUAUUUGUGUGACCGAGUCUGUUUGUGAACGGGUCCCCCCUUAUAGCUGUUUUUUCCACGUUCUGUCCAAAGUUUGCCCUCCGCCUUCCCUCGACAACCCUGAAGCAGGUGCCCGGAGGAUGCUGGGUUUGGGGGAUGUGCCCUUCCCCACCCCUGGUGCCAGUAUAUAUGGGGCAGUGUGCCAGUCCCUCCUGCCCCCAGACCUGGGCACCUCGCCCCCAUUCCAGACCUCCAAGGGGCGCUUCAGAUUUGUUUGUAGAAGAAAUACCUUUAUUUCCCACUCCCUUGUUGAGCGAUUGUAGAGUAUUGUUACACAGAAUAAAUAUCUGGUUUCUAGAGAA